GCGUCGGAGCUGCUUCCUGGGCGCCGUGGGCGCUGACUGCGCGGGCUGCGCGGGUGCUGAGGAGCGCGAAGCGCGGGGACGGCGCACCUGGGGUGGCCCUGGCGUGCGGGCGGCGACAUGGAGGACGGCGUGCUCAAGGAGGGCUUCCUGGUCAAGAGGGGCCACAUUGUCCACAACUGGAAGGCGCGAUGGUUCAUCCUUCGGCAGAACACGCUGGUGUACUACAAGCUUGAGGGAGGUCGGAGAGUGACCCCUCCCAAGGGCCGGAUCUUCUUGGAUGGCUGCACCAUCACCUGCCCCUGCCUGGAGUAUGAAAACCGACCGCUCCUCAUUAAGCUGAAGACUCAAACAUCCACAGAGUACUUCCUGGAGGCCUGUUCUCGAGAGGAGCGGGAUGCCUGGGCCUUUGAGAUAACCGGGGCUAUUCACGCAGGGCAGCCGGGGAAGGUCCAGCAGCUGCACAGCCUGAGAAACUCCUUCAAGCUGCCCCCGCACAUCAGCCUGCAUCGCAUUGUGGACAAGAUGCAUGAUAGCAGCACUGGAAUCCGUUCAAGCCCCAACAUGGAGCAGGGAAGCACCUACAAAAAGACCUUCCUCGGCUCCUCCCUGGUGGACUGGCUCAUCUCCAACAGCUUUGUGGCCAGCCGUCUGGAGGCGGUGACCCUGGCCUCCAUGCUCAUGGAGGAGAACUUCCUCAGGCCGGUGGGUGUCCGAAGCAUGGGAGCCAUUCGCUCUGGAGAUCUGGCCGAGCAGUUCCUGGAUGACUCCACAGCCCUGUAUACUUUCGCUGAGAGCUACAAAAAGAAGAUAAGCCCCAAGGAAGAAAUUAACCUGAGCACUGUGGAGUUAAGUGGCACGGUGGUGAAACAAGGCUACCUGGCCAAGCAGGGGCACAAGAGGAAGAACUGGAAGGUGCGCCGCUUUGUUCUGAGGAAGGAUCCAGCUUUCCUGCAUUACUACGACCCUUCCAAAGAAGAGAACAGGCCAGUGGGUGGGUUUUCUCUUCGUGGUUCACUCGUGUCUGCUCUGGAGGAUAAUGGCGUUCCCACUGGGGUUAAAGGGAAUGUCCAGGGAAACCUCUUCAAAGUGAUUACUAAGGAUGACACACACUAUUACAUUCAGGCCAGCAGCAAGGCUGAGCGAGCUGAGUGGAUUGAAGCUAUCAAAAAGCUAACAUGACAAGGACCUGAGGGAACCAGGAUUCCUCCCUCCUACCAGAUGACACAGACAGGAAUUCCUGGAGAAUGGGAGUGUGUUAAGACUUUUGACUUCUUUGUAAGUUUUGUACUGCUUUGGAGAGUGAAUGCUGAAGAGUUCCUCAGAUUACAAACAGCAAUGGUGCCAUUUCCUUCCUCAUCUUCAUGUUACAAACCUGGAAAGGCUAGAACAGCCAUUAGGCGUCAGCAUCUUGACUUUUCCCCAGCAUCGCAAACAGCCAUUUCCUCGGGCACCAAAGUAGGUUCCCUUUGUUGGAACAAUUACACUGGCCAUGCCAUAAUGUUGAAUAAAACUCUCUUCUUAUGC